CAGGAGGUAGUUUCGAGAAGCCGAGCCCUAUUUUAUUUUUCACCUGUUUACGAAAACAAAAACGAUAAUCAUUUUUUAUUCAUCUUCAAUCGCCUUUGAAUGCUUGAUAUUGUUUCUUUUUGAGAACAAUACUUCGUAGAUUCGUCUUAGGCUAUUUCCUCCGUCGCUAGGAGAAGCAUCUGCCAUUUUUUUGGGUUUCGCUCGGCGCUGAGGUUAGAAUUUAUGGUCGAAGCAGUCGCUCUUAGACACUACGUGGUUUUUUUGUUGUGAUAUUUUUUUCUACCACUCCGUAAUCUGCCCAGCACAGAUCUUUCGCUUCAAAGCUUACACUCAGAUGAAUUAUAGCUUCAGAAAGCGUACUAGAUAAACCUCGUUUGUCCUAGUCAGUCAAUCUUGUUUAGUAGCAAUAGUCUUCCUAAUACGUUUAUGAGACGUCGCUUGAUAUAAUUCCAAAAGAAGCGAGUGAAGUAGAUAGACUCUGAAGGUUGUACGAUUAUUCAUUCGAUGGCAAAGGAGUCUUGAAUUGAAGAAUGGAGGAGUAUCACGACUUUAGACAGAAAUCUCUUACGAGGAUAAGCAUAUGGUUUGGAUUUAGCAGAUUUCCCACGACUUAGUUAGCAUCGCAAAGAUCCUGCAUUCAUUUCGUCUCGCUGCUUGGUUUUUGUGUCUGCUAAUAUUUGCAGUUGCCAUAUGUGAUUACUCGUUAUACGAUCAGAGAAGAUGAUAGUUGAAGAAUAAAUCAAAAUUGGUAGUCCUUCUGUGGCCGCAAAUGUUCGCUCGAUGAUGCAGGUCACACUGUGGACGGCGAACCACUUCCUAUCCUAUCCUAUCGUCGGAUUUACAAAGAGCGACUCUAUCCAUUUUUUUGCCGUUGGUUUCUUUUCUCCGAUUUAAGUGCGCUUCUAGGCCCAACAUCAUAGUGAUUAAGAUCCUUAGACGCAGUAUCGUAACAUUUUACCCUGUCCUAGAAAAGAGAAUAAAGUUGCUGAUAUUCAUAUCCUGUCCUACAAGCUAAAGAAAUAUGGGCUGUGCAGGCAGCAGCGCGGCGCAGCCGCAAGGGGGUCAAGCGGGGGGAAAGGUGAUCCCGCUAAGAAGGCGCCUUAGUGUUGGGAACAUCGAUGAUAUCCAGACAGGGCAAACGCAGGAAGAAAUUGUUGAAGAAGAACGCGGCCUGCUUUGGAAAAUCACAGAGAAGAGUACUGAUUACACUUUUUGUAAUUAUGAUACUGGAUGAUCAACAGCAACUUCUUAUCGACGUCGUAAAAUAGAUAAAAGACUACAGUAUGAGUCGCGACACCAUUGAGGACUGUCAGCAUAAUUAAUGUUUUUUCUUGCGACCCGAGAAACUUCACGAUCAAAACCCCAUCACAGACAUACUGGAAGUUGCCGAUGAACUGAAAAACCUGGAAGAUGGAGCACAGCCGUCACCGGCAAAAAGUGAACAGAAACGCAGGGUUAGUAUAGGUACAACUAGCUUCAUUUUGUUUUCCAGAAAUCUAGCUGCGGUAAGAAUGUAAGGUAAUUAGAAAUUGCGCUAGGUAAUAAUCUAGCUGCGGUAAGCUACUUCGCUGAGUUUUUUUCGAUCAAAGUUCGUCAUGCGGUACGCAUAUGGUAUGGUGACAAGUCCCAUGACCUCAAGAUGCUAGGCCUUCUGCUGAAAGACCUUUACUCGUUUUUUCAAUCACGAAAUGAAUGCAGGCUCCGAGACGGAUAGGAAUGCGAAUAAGCGACAGAGCUUCAAAAGGAAAGACGAGUUCCAGUUAGGAGAUGACUCAACGUCACUGCAUAUCGGCUACACCUGCAGAAAAGGAUUAAAGCCAGAAAGCCCUAACCAAGACAGUUGGUUUGUCUUCGACGUACUACAACUACUACUACCUUCUUUUACGUCUGUACUAGGUUGUCUUCGACGUAUUACUUUGUUCUUUCUACUGUAUGAAGAAUUAUUUAUUUCGCUUAUACGACAAGAAUUAUGUUUCAAUUCUGUGUUCUACCUUGCCAACAAACUUUUUUCACCGCAUGCAAGUUACGACACUAACAAAAACAUAGGUUGAAGACGACUAUGCGAUAUAUGGUGUUUUCGAUGGACACGGGGCGAAGGGACACGAUGUUAGCAAUUUAGUGAAGGACUAUUUGCCGAAAAUGAUUAUCACAGCCGAAGGCUUUCGCGAAGACCCAGCUUCAGUAAUGGUCAAGUGCUUUCUUAAGGUACUUUAAGUUUUGAAGGCUCUUCGAUAUUCACUUUAUGAAAAAUGCUAGUAAAUCUUUUUUGCCUAUUAACAGGCUUGUCAGGUUGCUUCCAGCUCUCAACUAUCUGAACUGUAUCAUUUACAAGAACAACUAAUACGAGAACGAGACUUAUUUGUAAGCUCUUGAGCCGUCACGAUUUUCAUAUUCUGCACCUCGACCACAGAUGCAAGCUUUGCUUGUGCAGUUCGAUCGGAACGAAUUGGUGAACGGACAGCUUUCUGGAACAACCUGCACGAUCGUGGUGCACGACCGACUUACAGAGAGACUCAUUGUCGCACACGUUGGUGACUCCCGCGCGGUGCUUCUUAGAAAAGAUGGGGAGACCGACAGGUAAAACCAUGUAAAUGAAUUACACGAUGCUACUCUAGUUCUUCGAAAAGUCGCGUGUUCUUGUACUGCUGGUGGCCGUGGCAGAUGAACUACAGAAGUAAAGAUUUACUCUCAAUAUUCAUCACAAAGACUGAAGAAGGACAAGAAGUAGCCGACUCAUUCAAUCAUGUAAAAAAAUUUGAGGUUGUUGUUUCAAAUUUGAGGUUGAUGGAACGCACAAAACAGGAUAGCGGCGCAAGACCUCACCACGGAUCACAAACCGGAGUUGAAGGAGGAGCGAGCUUACAUCGAGCGCAACGGUACUUUUUUUAUGAUCUAGAUCGACGAUUAGCCUAAUAUUAUUAGCUGCUUGUGGAAAGAAAAUAGGUCAAUUCAAUUUUAUGACAGCAAUGAAAUCAUAAUUAGUGGAGCGCACAGUAAAAGUGAUGACCGGGCGACUCGUGAAGCAGUGUCUGCGCGUUUCGCUUAAGUGAUGACCGGCCGCCUCGUUUAAAUAGUGACCGGACGACUCGGUUAAGCAGUGACCGUGUGCUAAUUGUUUCGUUAAGUGCUUCGCUAAGUGCUGCGCGAAGCGUUUCGCUAAGUGAUGCAUUAACUUCUUGGCCAAGUGCUGCGCCAAUGGCUUCGUAAAGUGCUGCACCAACGGCUUCGCAAAGUGUUUCGCUACAUGCUUUGCGAAAUGCUUCUUCUCUGAGGCACUUGAAGGAAAGGGCGCCUAAGUGCCUCUUUAACUGCCUCACGAGGCACUUAAGGAUGGUGGCGCUUAGGUGCCUCUUUAACGGCCUCACGAGGCACUUGAGGAUGGUGGCGCUUAAGUGGCUCUUUAACUGCCUCACGAGGCCCUUAAGGGAGGCGGCACGUAAAUGCAUCACCUACCAGUGAGGCGCGUUGCCCCUGUCACCUCACGGCUGCAUGACUCCGCUACCCAGUAUCGGCCCAUACUCGCAUCAUGACCAAUGUGAGUCUCACCACAUCAUCAGAGUAGAACAACCACAACUCUUCAUCUACUCAAGAAUGAAACUUGUCAUGAAUUUCUUGACAUACUACAAGUAUAAAAUUUAUCAGGUGGCCGAGUUGCAUUUGAUGGAUUCGCGAAUCACCGAUUGUAUGUGAAAAACGGGACUUACCCAGGAUUGAACAUGUCUCGUGCUCUGGGUGACAUUCUCGGAUCAACGAACGCUGGCGUAAACAACACACCGGAGGUUGCGAUUAUCAACCUACCGAAAAAAGGUAAGUAAUUAUUCAUUGCCUCAACCAUAUUUGCUACUAAAUUGAAUGAGUCCGGCACAGAUUUAUGCCAGAUGCAAUUUUUGUGCCGAGGAUGAAUAUCAAUUCACCAAGAGAACGAAGAAAAUCCUUCGCGCGAUCGACUGCAAUCGCCUGACGCUCCUUCUCUUUUUUCCACUUGCAAGCGACGAGUGACUCUCCGCCUACCUUUACCCAUCUUCACAUGUAGUACUCUAUAGCUUGGACAUUGCAACUACAGCUACACGUAGUGAAAAACAUCGUAAUUUCUUGAUCAAUAUGUUCAUCAGAUGUGGACGAGUCUGAGUUGGUAUCCCCAGACGGCACUCGCGCAGUGUUGGUUCUCUGCUCCGAUGGGGUAUGGGAGUUCAUCAGCAGUCAUCGAGCGCGAGAUAUAGUGAUGCGAUACGACAAAGCGAAUGCCAAAGCCGCUUCGGAAGCUCUGGCCAAAGAAGCAUGGGACAACUGGAUCCGCGAGGAAGGAGGCUGCGUCGUCGACGACAUCACAGCGUUGGUCGUCUACAUCUAAUAGCUGCUGAUCUUAAGAUCCAUUUAGAUGCUAGUACGAGUUAAGUACUUGAUCUUAAGAUCCAUGAUUUAGAUGCUUGUUGUCAUAUUCAACUAGUAACAUGAUCUAUGAAUACUCCGUCGAAGGUGAUGCGAGUACUAGUUAGAAGUAGAGGGGACGACCCCCCUCUAAUACCUAAAUUUCUAGUGAUGUCAGCAUGAGCAUUGAUUAGCAUGAUGAAUAGAAAAAACAGACCACCUCUUCGACACUGACCUACAAAAGGUUACCAAAAGGACCAAGGAGUUCUCUUCUUGUUCUCCAUCCAAGUGAUUUAGGCUGAACGUGUUUUUACAUAAAGGACGAACGAAAAAGUCAAACGAUAAAGAAUGCAUAGCAGGUAUAGAAGAUUUGUAAUGCAUAGAUAGAUUUAUUGAAUAGGAAUAUGUGAUUCACUACGUGCUGAAUAGAUGUUAUUACUGCGAGUUGAAUUCUAGUCAUGUAGCAGCAUGGCAAUUAUACCUGGAUUUUCCAUAGUUGCUUCAUGACGAGGACGCAGCGUUCUUAUUUAAGAAGGUACGAGACCACAUUAUAACUCACAGACUCAGUGAAUGAUGUCAUGGCUUUUUUGACCCGCCCUGCUCGACCGAUGUAGCGAGUCCUUGCCUAUAUGAUAGAAGCAGUCGCACCAAAGAGGACCAACAACGUAUCUAUUCCGAAAAUGAAAAUCUUGAUCAUAUUUCCCCCUUAGAUUUUUUUAGCUUUACGUCGUGUCUGCAUCAGGAAUAUCUGCCCCACUGACUGUGGUACAUACUAGAUAUCAAUCAUCAUAGCUUGUGUCCGUGUAGUUUCUACUAUUUCCUGCAUUGUUCGCCUAAUAUUUCUUUUUUUUUCUUGUUUUCUCUUGAAGCACCUUGAUUAUGUCUGCUUCCACGGCCAGCAAAGUAGUUCUUGUUGCCCGCCUGGACAACACGAUGCGUGUCAUAUUUACAAUGACCGCUGGACAUCGCUGAGUUCGUAAUCCCUGACACAACAUAUGUAACCGAAACAUAAGAUGAAUCUAAUGAUACUAUUACCACUCUAUUAUACAGGACGAAGGAAUAAAAUAGUCUUUUCAAGAGUGACUGAUUAAGAAGUCUGGUCUCCUCGACUCUUCAUCGCCCACGAUUAGAAAGGGCCGACUGGCCACAUCAGAAGUAGAUAAACUAGGUUCAUCUACUCAACUGUUUACUUGCUAACAGCUGUUUUAUGUACUGUUGUUUCCGGCAUUGCCUUGGCUUCUGAUUUUGUAGUUAGAACGACUUGUCAUAUCUGAUGGGAAAUCGAAUGAAUGCCUUGUCCAGCAUAUGCGUUUGACUUGUUUGUUAUUCUCUUGCGUUGACUAUUAUUCUCAUAUUGUCAUAUCACUAAUGGUAGAGAACCACUGAUUGAGAUGCUGCAAUGAUGAUGAUUAUACUGUUGUAGUCUUUGAAACUCCUGCAUAGCGUCAGCGACAUAGUCUCAAGUUAGCUCGGGGCUCGUUGGUCCUUUCUCAGUUUGUUACUAUCCCACGCCGCUUUUGCCCAGCGUUAAACUAACUGCAAGGUAGUGGAUCUACGUGCGCCAUUGAAUGACUGACUUUACGAGCAGAGCCUUGCGCUCUGUGUGAAAUUAAAGCCGGAUGAUACGAUCAUCAUAACCAGAAUGAAGAACUGAGGAGGCACAGACUCUUCUUCAUAUGGAUGUGUGGAGCGCAUCACUACAACACACGUCCGCCUUUUCUUGCUACCUAGAGACUUCCCACUUACUGUGCACGCGAUUGCCAAGGAUGUCGUGGCAUGAAAGUUCUUGUCCGCGGAUCCUCCAGAGCGGAUGCGACUUCAAUCAAGAAUUAGAAUAUGAAACUAAUUAUUCAUACUUUGCGGUGUUUUACACUUUAGCUUUCCUAAGGGAUAUAGGUUAUUUCUACGCUAUAGAAAACCCAGUGUCGACACCGUGUAGAGAGCCUGUUUGAUCGCGGGCGGAGAAAACAAAACCGGACCCCCGAUGUCGCGUUAAUUACAGCCAAGGAACAACUUUUUGCUUUUGUGGCAUUUUUAACCCUCGGGUUCAUAAUUAAUGUAUGACCGUUUGAGCUGCCGUGCAUAUUAAUAUUAUUCAAGUCAUUAGUCCUAGUUCAUAUUGCGUUUUUCGCUAAGAAAAAAUGUGAAGUUCGUGUGCAAUGAAAAAAAAAACUUGCAAAUUAUUGUUUCGUUCUGUAUAUUGAACAGUAUGAUCUUUACUACCACAUAUUUUCAAAAGAUGAUCAGUUGUGCUUCUAGUCAGAAUCCACAGAUAGAUUAAUAUUUAGUUCUGCUCCUCCAGGCAAAAAAUGAUAGGCUAAUACUAUUAUUUCCCACGACUACAUUCAUACGGUCAAAAGAUGGACGACAACUCAGAGCGGUUUUAUCAUUCCAUCACAUAGCAUGACGCGAUACUAGUAUUAUGUCUUCACGUUUCCUUAUUUAUCUGAGUGCGUGAAACAAGAAAAAUGCCCGGCGAGACCAGUGCCAACCACGGUGUAUACACAGCGAGAGCACCAAGCAGAAGUGCUUGUCGGACGACUCGUGUAUCUUCAUAGCACAAAGUAGAUGUGCUCAUCGAGCCCUCGCGAGGACUCUCCGAUCGAGAUUCACUUUUUUGUCUUUCGCUUCACAGAUAGAAAUUAGCAUUGAGCAAAAAUCCAACCGCGGUGUGGACGGGAAGUGCAGGAGAC